AUGGAAUCUCACCCAAGCAACCCCCAUAACAAGCCCAAAGCGUGCUACAAGACUGAGUCAAGAUCCAAAAACCAGCACCAAGAAGCCACUUUGCCUCCAGGCACGAGAGGAGGAAAUGGGUCCUUCCGGCUCAAAAAGGGAGAAAAGUCAAUAGAUUCCCCUAUGCAAACAAAAGCACCAGCCAGCACUGUUAUGCCAACCACUUUAGUUCCUGCAUCUGCCACAGCAUCACCAGCUACUUCAAGAACACUCCUUGUCCCAACAGCUACAGCUCCGUCAAUCACGUCCACCACGAUUCUUACAACUGAAAUCCCUGACAAGCAUGCUGCUGGGAUCACUCAAAGUACAACACUGACUUCUGGAACCAGGGGACAUAAGAUAAAGUGUUCCAGAGAAGGAGAACUGGAGACCUCUGAUAAAAACUCCUCCAAGAACAUCCAUAAAACCACAUCUCAGAUUAGUGCAUCCACAGAUUUGCAGAAGAGCCUCCAAAAAACAUCUAAGUCGGUUGUAACAACAAGAACAGCCUUGCCUAAAAGUGUCCAGCAAGCAAGUUUUACUCAAAUCCGCACAUCCAGCCCAAAGCUCAAAUCCAGUCCUACUCCAACAAUUGCAGUGGACCAAGCUGAAAACUUCCGCAAGGGGAGAAGCAGAGGGAUGGCGCCAACACUCGCACAUGAACUUAAAUCUAACGACAAUGGGGCAUGUGUGAUGGAAGACAGUCAAGAGGUACAUAGUGUGCAGCCACUGGGGACAAAACAGAGCAAGGUAGAAAUGCUUCAGAGGAAUAAAGAUGAAGAGAAGAACAGAGGCAGGAAAGAAGAAGAAGACAUCCUUAAGGACAUGGACGUGGGACGCACUCUCAAAGGAAGUGACAUCACUCUUCAGGUAGCAUCUAAAUGUCCCCCUUUUCCACUAGACAGGCUGCAGUUAUCUCCAGGGGCAACAACCACCUCUGCAUCACAGGUGAAGGAGACAGCAGGCAAGACAGAUGAAAAUGCCAUGGCCCAGGAGACAGAGUGUGAGAGAGAAAAAAUGAGUGGGAGUGAGUGGAAGGAACGUAUGGAAGGAGGAGAAGCCCUUGAAAAGAGAAGUGGACAUGAAGGGAGAGACCAGGAGAAAAAGACAGAAGAGAAAGAAAGGAAGGGCCAAGACAGAAACAGUGAAGCCAAAGAGAAAGAAAGGGAGGACAGAGAAAUGGAAGAGGCAAUAGAAGAAAAGAAACUGAACCAGAACCAGAGCUUCAAAGAUGCUGCAAUAAUGACUGAGGAGCACCCGGUUCCUGUCCAUACACUUGAUGCUGCCCUGCAGACAGAGCUCUUGUAUGAGGAUGCUGAAAUUCAGGCUGUUGUAGAGGUCAGCACCAAAUCCACAACCAUGAGUCCAAACAUGACACAUCCAUCCUGGAGCCAAAUUGACCCUAAGGCUAACCUCAGCAACCAUGAGAAAGCUUCUGGAACUGCCAGUACGAGCUUACAAAAUGGACUUAGCCAAGAUGUCACCUUAGAUUCAGGUUUAGCACCAAUAACUCUUGCAUCAGUGGGAUCCAUGGCUAAAAGUCUGAGCCCAACCCCUUACAAGUCUUCUAUAUCCUGCAAACCUACUCGGCAACAUGUCUGUCAAAUUCAGAUUGAAUUGUGCAGCCAAUCCACUCUGUCUGACAGUCUGGCUUUACCCGAGGAAGAGGCUUCAACAAGGUCUGGCCUUGAAAAGGAACCCAAGCAAGUGGACAGAGAGGGAGACCAAGCAGAGACGGGUCCGAUUCCAGAGGUGGCGUGGGAUGAGCAAGGCAUGACAUGGGAGGUUUAUGGAGCGGCUGUAGAUAUGGAAUCUCUUGGUUUUGCUAUCCAGAAUCACCUCCAGCACAAGAUCCAAGAAAAUGAGCAGCGCAUCGGACACCUCCGCAAGUCUAUCUCGCUCUCCGAGCACUCGAAAGAUGAUGGAAAUGGAGCAAGAAAGAAGAAGAAAAGCAAUGUCUUCCGGUCACUGUUCCAAAGACCAACUUGCUGCUUGAAGACUGAUUCUGAAGCCUAAAUGGAUAAAAUUACUAUAUAUGUGGUGGUGUACUUGUUUUUGCAAGUUCAUACCAUGUCAACUAAAUGGUAUGGUCUGCAAUUGCGGGAGAACUUUGAGAACAUUUGCUGGAGUUCUGGGCAGCUGUUUUCUGUUAGACAGCAAGACUUGUGGGUAGGAUUUGUUGAAGAGUAGGUACAAGACGGGGAGGUGUAGUACAAAUAGAAAAAUAUUUAGAUGGAUUUAUGGUUAACUAGGGUUCCUGAUUGGAGAAACAUAAAAUCAUUGGCCCUAAUGUCAAGUGAUCGCAUGUUAGAAUCACGAUUAUCCCACAGCCAUCUCUGGUCUGGAGUUCAAAAGAGAAAAUUGGGUGGUAUUUGGAAAACUUCAUCUAGGCAUUGUAGUAUUUACAUUUACAUUUAUGGUGUUUGACAGACGUUCUUAUCCAGAGUCUUAAAACUGAUGGUAUUCUUAGUCCGUGACCUAGUGAACCAGUAUCGGGAUGUAUUUAGUGAUAGAGACUUCAAAGUACUUCUGUAAGUCGCUCUGGAUAAGGGCAUCUGCACUGAGUUUCAAGUACUCACACUGUAUGUCGCAUGCAGUUAGCCCAGGUGUUGUAGCUCACACUAAUGCACUUUAGCUUUACCUGAAUCCAUUUUUUGUAACUCGGUAGAGUAAUUAAUUGGUGAUAGACUUGGUUGGUCAGAAGUAAUAAUCUGCAGCUUGGUGGUGCUGCCUGAAUGGUCAUUUUGGUAUUAUAUUCUGUGUUUUGAGACCAGUAUUUUCCAAUCCUGGCCAUUGGGCACCAAUCAUCUACACAUUUCACAGUACCAUAUCUUGUUUACUUCCUGAUUUUCCCAUGAUUUAUGCUCCAGUUCCAUCUUUUACACACCCUGUUCAUCAUUAACUAGUAUAAUUGUGUCUUGUUAGCAAGUCCUUCCCCUUGGGGUGUUUGCACAGUCUUGCAUGUAUACCACUGUAAUUUUAAGCUGGGUUUCCUAAUUCAUUCUUUUCACUUCCUAGUUAUGGUCCAACACUGCUGGAUGUUUCACUUUGUAUUACAAAUAUGGAUUUAUCAAUGAUUACAAUGGCUGUUGUGUUUUGAUUUUAGAAGAGAAUCUGCUAUAAAAUCCAUACAUCUUGGUCCUGGAGUAGCCUUAGUUUUCCUUACACCCAGCACACCUGAUUGGGCUGAAAGGAAUGUGUUAGGAUGGGGAAAAUACAAAACUAGGGUUGGGGCAAGGGUUCUCUGGGACCAGAACUGAAAAUGCCUGCUCUAGUGUAAUGGUUUAGAGCGCUGAUCAAUAUUUAAUCAUUUCCGUUAGGACUGUGAUCAUGCGUUCAUGCAUGUGGUUUUGGGGUUUGGUGGUUGUGUGUUUGUUUGUGUUUUCCUUGUUUGUCAGGAUAAAGUACCAUUCAAAUAGUCCCAAUCACACAUUGAAAUUAAAAGUGAAAACAGAAAAGACAUUGUCUGUUCAUUUCUCUCUCGCUCUCUCUCUCACACGCACGUGCACACACACACACACACACACACACACACACACACACACAAUUACCUUUUCUUUGCUCUGAAGGCUCCCAGUGGAAUAUCUGCCCCACUUUCUGUAAAGGUGAAGUGUGUAUGAAUACAUUCAUGUCAGCUUCAUCUCUCAUCUCCUGGCCGCCAUCUCUCUCUCUCUCUCUCUCUC